AAGAGACUGGACAGCCACCUGUCUGAAAUGCUCUAGGCCAGGGUCUCCUGCUUGAGCAGGGGGUUGGACUAGAUGACCAAAGUCCCUUCCAGCUCUGUUAUUUUGACUUCCACAGCUAUGGGAAACUUGGGUCUGCCCAGGGCCAGUGCAACACCUGACCUACGGUCCGUGGGAUUGCCCGUGGCUAGCAGGCACCUUUGGGAAAAGCCCCAAAUGCCACAGCACUUCCUGCUCAGAAGAGCCAGCUGGAACAGGUUCACACAACUUUAGGAUGAAAUUGGUCAGCCUGUCUGUCACUUCACUGUGACCCCAAAGCUGAGUGAGCAGGUGCACCUGAGGAAGUCACAGGCUCACAUUAAAACUGGUUUGCCAGUUCUUCCAUUUAUUUGGUUUGGUGCUGUAGCAAAUCCAGCUUUGUCCAUUAGCCAAUCAAUAUAUCAGUUAAUUCAGGUACCACAUUAAAUGUGCAGUCAUAGGCUUUUUGAGAUGGAAAGUCAGUUCACCUCUGAAAAUCUCAUCCCUUUAAACCUGAAGUGUAAGAUCCUCCUCAACUCCAGCCAGAGAAGCAAAACAUUCUCAAAAGGAGGGACCAAAAAGGCUUUUUCGGAAACAGCUUAAUCUUGGAUCACCCCAAACCCCGAAAGCAUCAGAAGCCGCCUGUCCUGGCUCGCCCUCCUGCUGGUACACCCGGCCUGUCAGGCCGAGCCGGGCUGGAAACGGCCUGAGCGGGCGAGGCUUGCCAGAGAACGUCUUGGGGGGGGGGGGGCUGGCACCCAGAGCCAGCAGACGCGGAGGGGCGGAGAGAGGGCGGCUGGGCGCUCGCUCGCAGCCCCUCCGGAGGCUCUCCCAAGGCGAGAAGGCGCUCCGCUUCGUCCCAAGGGGGGGCGAGGCCAGGCUCCCUCCGGCUCCCAUUCCCGGGCCGGUGGCGCGGGGACUUCCGACCGGCCCCGGGGGCGGCGGGAGCAGGCAGGACGGAGGGCCGCGGAUGAGCCCCCCGACCCAACGGCCACAGCUUCGGCCCCUCCCUCGCCGGCUGCUUUGGCCCUCCCUUUCGGCUCGCUGCCGGCAUCGCGGGCGCCGCCUCCCGGCGCAGCGGCCUCCCUCGCCUGGCCUAUAUGUAGCGGCGCGGCCAGCCAGCGCCAGCAGAGGAGCGGCGGCGGCGGCGGCGGCGGCGCGAUCCUAGGCCGGCAUGUAACGCGCGCGCGGUGGCGGCGAUGGCGACGGAGUGGCGCCGGGCGCGCGCGCGGCGGCGGCAGGCGGCGGGGCCCAGGCCGGCGGUCCCUCGGGAUGCGCGGGCGGCCGGGGCGACGACGGGCGCCUCCAGCUGAGGACCGGGAGCAGCAGCCGCAGCGCCCCGGACUGCCUGCGCCGGCGGGCGGGGGCGCCGCGAUGCUGCCCUGGAAGAGGCACAAAUUCGAGCUGCUGGCCGCGGACGAGGGGCGCCAGCCGCAGCCGCAGCGGGCGGCGCAACCGGGCCGGCGGCGAGAGCGGCCGCAGCAGCAGCAACAGCAGCAGCAGCAGCCCGCGGGCCCGCGCGGCGCCUCCCCUCCGCCGUCGGGGAAGGCCAAGGACUACUGCCAGGCGGGCGCCGGGAGCCUGCCCUGCUCCGCCGCCCUGGGCUCGCUGUCCCGCGCCUGCCCGGCCGAGAGCGCCCUCUCCAGAGUGGGCAACCUGUUCCGCUCCAAGCGCAAGAAGUUCCGCGUGAGCAGCGAGGCGCCCACCUACACGGCGCUCUACCUGGGCAACGCCACCACGCUGCAGGCCAAGGGCGAGGGCUGCACCGACGCGGCGGUGGCGAAGAUCUGGGCCAAGAGCGAGGCCGGCCGCCACGGCACCAAGAUGAAACUGACCAUCGGGCCGCAGGGCAUCCGCCUGGCGCCCGCCGUGCCGGCCGAGGCCGCCUCCCGCCCGGGCCACCUCUACCUGCUGCACCGCGUCACCUACUGCGUGGCGGACCCGCGCCUCCCGCGCCUCUUCGCCUGGAUCUACCGCCACGAGGUGAAGCACAAGGCGGUGCUGCUCCGCUGCCACGCCGUGCUGGUCUCCAAGGCGGAGAAGGCCCGCGCCAUGGCGCUGCUGCUGUACCAGACGUCGGCGGCGGCGCUGGUCGAGUUCCGCCGCCUCAAGAAGCGCGCCGACGCGCGGCACCAGCAGCUGCAGCAGGUGGGCCCCGGGGCCGACGGAGCCAUCCCGCUGGUGCCGCUCCGCAAGCUGCUCCUGCACGGGCCGGGCGGCUGCUACAAGCCGCCCGUCGAGCGAAGCCGCAGCGCGCCCAAACUGGGCUCCAUCACCGAGGACUCGCUGGGCGAGGAACUGGAAGAGCGCGCCGCGGGGCCGGGCUGCGCCAACGGCGGCCGGGACGAGGACUGCGACGGCGGCGACGACGAGGAGCUGCUGGUCCCGCUGGAGGAGGACGGGGACGGGGACGGGGAGGAGGCGGCGCCCGCGGCGGCGUCCAGCCUGGGGCAGCUCAUCUGCGGACUGGGCGAGCUGGCUAUCGGCAACGACGUAACGCUUCUCCGCGCCGACCUGCGCGUCACCCGCCUGCUCUCCGGGGAGAGCACCGGCAGCGAGUCCUCCAUCGAGAGCAACGGACACGAGGCCGCCGGCGGCGCCGGGAGCUCCUCACCCCCGCCGCCCUUGCGAUGCUGCCACAGCCCGGAGCCCGACUGCGGCUGACCAGCCUCGCUUCCUCCCGCAGCUCUGCGGGGCCCCCAGACGGUGCCAGGGAAGAGGGCGGCCCGGCGGCCCGGCGGAGACCGGCCCGGGACGUGCGCCGGAGGUCGAUCUGCCUGCCGCCCCUCCCCCCACCCGAGCUGCGGCCAAAUGUCUGUCGGUCCUCGGGGUGGGGGAGGGGCACAUUUGUUUACAGCCGUGGAAUUUGGCGUCUGAAAGGUCGGGGCUCCCUCGUGGCUCCCGCUCUCCGGAAGCUUCUCCCGGAAAGCUGAGGAAAGGAGGCCCUUCCCCGGGAGCCCAUCUUCCCCGCCUCCCCCCUCCCCUCUCCGGAUCUUUUGCUGUGCAAAAAGAAACUGGACCACGUGGAUCUUCACUGGAACCCGAGGAGUCGCUGCUCCCUUUGGGAGGGGCUCCCUGGAUUUUGGCUGUCUUGGUUUGUCUUGCACACAAUAAAAGAAGGCAACAGAGAA